UGGACUCUAUGGACAUUUGAUAUCUCAACUCAAGAUAACUCCGCCACGAUGGCACGCCUAUUCGCCGUUGAUACCAACUCAAAAGGUUUGUGUGUAGAUCGUUAUCGUUAUCGUUGUUUAACAACCACUGCAGGGCUUAGGGCAGUUGUCGCAAGUGCAGUCCUUGCCGCAGUUGCAAGUGCUCUGGCCGGAGCAACCGCAGUUGCCGCUGUUGACAAGGGUGAAGAUAGUAGACUGCAUAGCGUCUGAUUUGAUUUGAUUUGAUUUGGUUGGAGAAUGGAGUUUGAAGGUAAUGGGUCGUGAAGAU